CCUACUCAUCAUCAUCCACCACAACAUCUGCAAUCAGCAGCAGCCAGCAGCAGCAGAGCUCACCAUCACUUCGGAGUUUGUCAGUACCAAGGCGAAGCUAAUCAUUAAGCUAGGGGCCUAGGGCUCGAUCGAUCUCUCGUUUCGGAGCUUUGUCGAUCGUGAUCGAUCUCUCGAGGCCGGAGGGAGACCAUCAGCCAUGGCGUUUAGGUGUAAGGGCGGCGUCGCUUGGGUUGCUCUGCUCGUCGCUGUCGCGGCUCUCGCCUCCGCCGCUCAGGGAUUUCCAAAUCCCUUCGGUCACGAGGAGUUCACGGAGAGUUACUACGACGAGACGUGCCCCAACGCGCAGAGCAUCGUGCGCUCGGUCAUGGAGCGCCACGCCGCCGCCAACCCCCGCACGGCGCCGGCCAUCCUCCGCCUCUUCUUCCACGACUGCUUCGUCAACGGUUGUGAUGCCUCCAUCCUUCUGAACGCUACGGACUCCAUGGAGAGCGAGAAGGACGCCAAGCCCAACGCCUCCGUCGUCGGCUACGACGUGAUCGAAGACAUCAAGUCGGAACUCGAGCGCAGCUGCCCGGCCACCGUCUCCUGCGCUGAUGUUCUCGCGCUCGCCGCCCGCGACGCCGUCGCCAUGCUCGGCGGGCCCAGCUGGGGCGUGCUCCUCGGCCGCAAGGACUCCCUCGCCGCCCGCAUGGACAUGGCCAACAAGGAUCUCCCGAGACCGACAGACAGCCUAGCCGAGCUCAUCAGGAUGUUCAAGGAGAACAACCUCGACGAGCGCGACCUCACCGCGCUCUCCGGCGCGCACACCGUCGGCAGGACGCACAGCUGCGAGCACUACGAGGAACGCAUCUACAGCCUCGUUGGCCAGGGCGGCGACAGCAUCGACCCCUCAUUCGCGGCGCAACGCAGGCAGGAGUGCGAGCAGAAGCACGGCAACGCCACGGCGCCGUUCGAUGAGCGGACGCCAGCCAAGUUCGACAACGCCUACUACGUCGACUUGCUUGCGAGGCGCGGGCUCCUCACAUCCGACCAGGAGCUCUACACCCAGGGGUGCGAGACCGGCGACCUGGUGAAGACGUACGCCAUGAACGGCGAUGUGUUCUUCGCCGACUUCGCGAGGGCCAUGGUUAAGAUGGGGAACAUACGGCCGAAGCAUUGGUGGACUCCGACGGAGGUCAGGCUCAAGUGCUCGGUGGCCAACACCCAUUAUUGAUGCUCCUCUUGUUAAUUAUACUGUCGAGUACAACACAAAUAUGUUGGAUACUCAUUUGUAAGUGUGAAAUUCCUUUCGAUUUGAUUGUGCAAUAAACUGUAAGCUGUAUUAUUCUUUUAUA